AUGGAGCCAAUGACGCCGAUGCGCCCCAUUCCGGGCGCAUAUGUCAACACGCCAGCCCCCCCGACAGCGAACCCUGCGCGUAGACGUCUAUUUACUGAGGCGUCCUCCUCCGGCGCUGCUGCGACGACGCAGCUUGGGGCUGCUCCCGCGCCGCUGGCGAGCACAAUGGCUCCCGGCCCCGAGAUCAACAGCGGCCUGAUGACACCACAGGCUCGCGAAGACCUCCCUCCAGUCGCAAAGGCUGCCCAAGUCGUUAACCAGACCUUGCAACUCGACGAUAGCUAUCCUGACCUGGACUCUUACUGCAGGCCUGGCGCAUCGUCCGACUAUGAGAUGCAGUCGUCCGAUUCAUCAUGGGCCCCAUUCCAUGUAGUGCGUCACCACAACAUCCCAGACAAAGUGUUUGAGCAUCUUAAUGCAGGCGAAGUCUUCACGAAGCUGGGCUUGUUCGCUGAGAUUGGCUAUGCAUGGGCUUCGAUCGACAGCUCCCUCUUUCUUUGGGACUACACCCAUCCCAACCCGGAGCUGAUCGGGUAUGAGGAGGCAACACACACCAUUACUGCUGUUGCGCUUGUGCCGCCGAAACCGGGGGUUUUCGUCAAGACUAUCACGCAUGUCCUUGUUGUCGCUACUACCUCCGAAAUCAUCCUCCUUGGUGUCUCUGCCACGCCUACCCCUUCGGGUUCGAAGUCGCUUACGCUCUAUUCGACCAGGAUGUCGGUCCACCGUGGAGGUAGCGACGUUAGCUUCAUUGUCGGUACUAAGGACGGCCGCAUUUUUCUCGGUGGUGAAAGCGACACCGAUAUUCAUGAAAUUUUUUACCAGCAGGAAGAGAGGUGGUUCUCCAGCCGAUGCGGCAAGAUCAAUCACUCUCACCCUGGCUGGUCUGCGGUCGUCCCCAGCUUGGCUGGCUUGCCAUUUGGCUCCCGGCAGCAGGAGUGGCUUCGGGGUCUCUAUGUUGACGACACUCGAAACCUUCUUUACUCGCUCUCCAACCGGUCGACUAUUCGGACAUACCAUAUGGAAGGUCCGGAGAAGCUCACCAAGGUUAUUGAGAAGGACAAGACCAGCUGCCUGCGCGACUUUGCACAUAUGGCUGAUAGCUCCCCGCUUUUCACUGACAAGACGAAUAUCGUGGCCCUGAGCCCUAUCCCAGCGACCGAGGCGUCCAAGCUUCAUCUUAUGGCUCUUACCGACACCGGCUGCCGGCUCUUCCUGAGCGCAACCAGCUCUGCUUCGUAUACCAUGGGUGGUGCCACCAGCUUGGCUCCUCAAAGCAUGCAGCUUCAGUUUGUCAAGUUCCCUCCGAGGGAGUCGCCAACUCGCAUUCGGACCCUUAACGGCCAGAUUAUCGACAGUCAGCUUGACAAGACCUCGCGAGCCCUUGACCCCAGCGCACUCGGUUUCAGAUUCUCCCCUGGAUAUUUCUUCGAUGUUGUCCGCAAGCAUCCCAAUCAGGAUAUGCUUUUUGUCUCAGCGCCGGAUACUGGCCGGAUCAAGGUCACUCAGCCUGCGUCUGCGCUCAAGUAUUUCGAACAGGGCACUUGGAUUGAGCUGGAGAAUGGGAAUCGUACCAUUGAGAUUGGCCUGACGACCGCCCCCUUCGCUGCCGCAAAGCAACCUCUUGGCUUCGGCAACGAGCUAGCCGUUCAGUUCGACCAGGUUCCCGGAGAGUUUGCUGUGCUCACUAACACUGGCGUGCACAUUGUUCGUCGGAGGAGACUGGUCGAUAUUUUCGCCAAGGCUCUCGGCAACUGUGUCAGUGCUAGUGACGACGCGCUUGAAAGAGAAGUGCGUAAGUUUAUCAACCAGUAUGGCCGUGUUGAGACUAUUGCUGCUGCGUUGGCCGUUGCUUGCGGCCAGGGAUCUGAUCUGAGGACCGGAACUGGCCGUGGCAUGGAUCGGAAUACCGAAAACCUGGCUCGGGCUGCCUUCAUCGAGUAUGGUGGUCAGCCCAGGCUCGCAGAAUCAGAUGGCAAGCAAUCUGUCUCUGAGUCUGUCAGGUUGUCGUCGCGGCACGAUGCCCUAGCGCUUUACCUCACGCGUCUUGUCCGGACGUUGUGGAAGGCGAAGGUCGUCCAGGUUGGCUCGGGUUCAGAUAUCUCUUCUACUAUUCCGACUUCGAAGCUUGUGACGAUACAAGAAAAUGUUGAGCGCCUGCGCAACUUCCUUGAAGCCAACAAGAGCACCAUUCAAGGCCUUGCUCCUCCUUCUGAGCGUCUCUUUGGUCGCCAAGAGGACAUCGCCAACCAGAAGGAGCAUCAGGCGCUGCAUGCCCUCCAGAAACUCAUGGAAAGCAUCUCGGAAGGCAUUUCCUUUGUUCUUAUGCUGUUUGACGAGCGCGUCUCGGAUAUCUAUGCUCGCUUGGAUGCCGUUUCUCAACAGCAGCUUAAGGACUUGACAUACGAGCAGCUCUUCUCUCAGACCCCAGGCAAGGAGCUAGCAAAGGUGCUGGUCAAGGCAAUUGUUAACCGCAAUAUUGCUAGCGGCGCCAAUGUUGAGACUGUUGCCGAUGCCUUGCGUCGUCGUUGUGGAAGCUUCUGUUCUCCUGAUGAUGUCGUUACGUUCAAGGCUCAGGAGCAGCUGCAACGAGCUAGCGAACAGGCUCACAACUCUCCUGUUCUGCGUGCCCUGUUGGCCGAGAGCUUGCGCCUGUUUGAGCAAGUCGCUGGCAGCUUAACUCCGGCUAACCUCACAACCGCUGUCGAGCAGUAUAUCUCGCUCAAAUACUAUGCUGGCGCCAUCCAGUUAUGCCUCACGGUUGCCCAACAGAAAGAUCGGGGCAAUACUGCGCUUUCAUGGGUGAACGAUGGCAAGCCCGCCAACGACUCGCGCAAGAAGGCGUUCGACGAGCGCAAGAUUUGCUACAACCUGAUUCACCAGGUCCUUGAUAAGCUCGAGAGUGACUUCGCUGGGGAGCCCGAGCUUGUCGACGGCCGUCCCACACUUGCUGCAACAAAGCGUAUGGAAGCUUACAAUGUGGUCAACGACUCAAGCGACGAGGUUUUCCACUUCGACCUGUAUGAGUGGUACAUUGAAAAGGGAUGGACCGACCGGAUUCUUUCUAUCGACUCACCUCAUGUCAUCACCUAUCUCCAGCGGCUGGCUGAGACUGAUUUCCGCCAUGCUGAACUCCUUUGCCGCUUCUACACUACCCGCAGCCGCUUCUUCGAGGCCGCGCAAGUGCAGACUAAUUUGGCCAAGUCCGACCUGAACAUCAGCCUCAAGGACCGCAUCAUCCUGCUCAGUCGCGCCAAGGGCAAUGCUAGCGUUAAUACCAUUGGGAUCAGCCGUCAGCAACAGCAGCAGCUGAAUCAUGAGGCGUCGGAGCUUCUCGAGAUCGCCCACAUCCAAGACGAUCUCCUUGAGAGGCUUGUGGCUGACCCACGCAUCCCCGAGGAGAGGAAGGCAGAAAUUGAGGAGUUUCUCGAUGGGCCCAUCAGAACACUCACUGAUCUCUUCAAUGACUACGCCGAUCAGGCUAACUACUACGACCUCUGCCUGCUGAUCUUCCACGCUGCCGACUUCCACAACCCUCGUACCAUCCUCGACACUUGGAACAACCUCAUCAACCAGUCUCACUUCGAAGCCGAGCAGAGGCGCGAGUACUGGGAGAUUGUGCAGGCCGGUGGCGACCUCCCCGCGGGCGUCAUCGCUCCUAUUGCCGAGCCCCCUCUUCCUUACGUCUAUGUUUCGCAGCAGAUCCAACUCAUCGCCCACCGCACUUCUCUUGACAGCCUAAUAUUCCCUGUCAACAGCUUGCUUCCCGUUGUCUGCGCUUAUGCCAUCAACAACGGCCAGGAUGCCUCUAUCGGUGCCGAUCCCUGCUGGCCAAUCCAGCUCUUCCUUAACUUGGGCGUGCCGCAUGCCCUCGUCGUGCAGGUUCUGGAGAACGUCCUGGAUACCCAGGAAGCUCCCUUCACUGGCCGUCGUAGGAAGCUGGUUGUCCAGUGGAUUGCCAUGGCCGUUGAUAUGUGGGUCAGAGAGGUCGAGCGUCGCGGUGCCAUGGCUGCUGCCGCCGCAAGCGGUGCUUCUGGCAGCGAGGCGGUCAUGGGCAGCUGGGUGAGUGAAUUGUUAGGUCGGGCGGACCAGGUCCUGACUCAAAUCGCCGGAACCGGCGCUACGCUUAGGGGAGGCGCUGCUUCUGAUGCAGAGGAGAUCGCUUCGCUGAGGAGGACGGUCAAGGGCUUGAAGAGGAGUGUGGAUAUGCUUCUUGGGGGGGAGAUGGCUCGUAUGAGUUUCUUUCGGUGA